UCUUGACACUUCGAUGAAGACAGACGCCUCCCUGUCCCCCCAGCCAGGAACAUGAAGGGCUUAUCGGGUGGCCGCUCCCAGCACCAGAUCCCCUCGCCCCACGGGCUGGACCAGUUUGACCAUCCUCAAGACUUCCAUGGCAUGGGCCACCAUGGCGGCGCCGCCGAGUCGCGCCACUCCUCCUACCUGCUCAGCCCCACCGAGAGCUGCCCAAUGGACUACCACCACCGCUACUCACCGCGCAGCUCCAUCCACUCUGACUGCAUGAUGAUGUCCCCCGUCGUUAUGGCGCCCUCGUCGGGCAUUGGUGGCGGCGCUGCCAUUGACCACGUCUCCAGCAGCACCUUCCCCAGAAUGCACUACAGCUCCCAGUACUACGACUCGGCCACGCGGGACGACUGCACCGCCAUCACCGCCUCCGCCACCUCCCAUGCCGCUGCUGCCCCCACCGCUUCAGCCUUGCAGUACCAGGGCAGCGGCAAGAGCAACCGCAUCCCGGCAAACCUGCUGGACCAGUUUGAGAAGCAGCUGCCGCUGCACCGUGAUGGCUUCCACACACUGCAGUACCAGAGGACGUCCACCACCACCACCACGGAGCAGCGCAGCGAAAGCCCCGGACGCAUCCGCCACCUUGUCCACUCCGUCCAGAAGCUCUUCACCAAGUCCCACUCCCUGGAGGGCUCGUCAAAGAUGAACGGAGCCAAAGGUGAAGGAGGAGGAGGGGGACACCACGGCGGCUCCCAACACAGCCACCAUGGAGGCUCCAAGCAUGGCAGCAAGCGAAGCAAGAGCAAAGAGCGCAAGACGCACCGCUCGGGGGGCGCGGGUGGCUUCUGGAGCUCCGACGACAACCUGGACAGCGACAGCACCUACCGCACGCCCAGUGUCAUGAGCCGUCACCAUGGCGACCACGCCCAUGCCGCCCACUGCUACCCGGACUCCAUGCACCAUAGUCACUUUGGGGAUAUGUCCCUCAAGACCUCCAAGAGCAACAACGACGUCAAGUGCUCAGCUUGCGAGAGCAUGGCCUUGGCUCCGGAGGGGAAGUUUAUGAAGAGGAGUUCCUGGUCCACGCUGACCGUCAGCCAAGCCAAGGAGGCCUACAGGAAGUCCUCCCUCAACCUCGAGAAACCCAUGAUGCACACAGACCUCAAGCCCUCGCUACGGGCCUGUCACUAUCUACAGGUGCCUCAGGAUGAGUGGAGUGGAUACCCAGAGGAUGGGGACCAGGACGAGGAGAUCCCGUGUCGGCGGAUGCGCAGCAGCAGCUAUGUCAAAGCCAUGGGAGAGGAAGACAACGACUCUGGUGGCGAAUCUGAUGGCAGCCCCAAGACCUCACCCCAGAAGGCCAUCCGACCCGACGCCCUCGUCCUCAAAUCAGCUAUGCAGAGGCCCCACGUAGACCCCCAAAGCCAGAGCUACCACUUGCAAACCACCCGAGACAUGAUGCGGCCCCAUCCCAGUGUCACCCUGGACCCAGCCACCAAAUAUCCCCAACACCAUAUACCCCUCGGCCCUCAGUUCCGAUCCCGGAACCAGAGCUACAUGCGCGCGGUCAGCACCCUCAGUCAGGCAAGCUGCGUCAGCCAGGUGAGUGAGACUGAGGUCAAUGGCCAGUUUGAGUCAGUUUGCGAGUCCGUUUUUAGCGAAGUAGAAUCCCAGGCCAUGGAGGCCUUGGACCUGCCUGGCUCGUUCCGCACUCGAAGCCACAGUUACCUGCGUGCAAUUCAGGCUGGGUAUUCCCAAGACGACGACUGCUUGCCUUCAAUGACAUCCUCCACUGUCACUUCAACUCUCAGAUCCACAACAGAGGGAUAUGAUGUGCUGGAAGGCACUUCUUUGCUAAACGAGGACAUGAUAGAAGACGACGACGGGGCCAGCUCUUCGGCCUAUGUGGAGUUGGAGCGUCUGGAGAGGGAGAACGCUGUAGCUCGCAGCCAGCACAGCACAAGCUCCACUGUAACAGCCAUCUCUGUCCCCCCGACUUCACCGCCUGCCUACCAGAUCCCUGCUGCCCCCUCCAUUGCCGCCCCCGAUCCCCCCAUACCUCAGGCCAUCCAGGCCUUUAAAGAGUCUGCCAACAUGGUGGCCGCCUUCAACAUGCAGUGGAAAGACGAGAUUUCGGCCAUGCGCUACGAACUGGCCGAGCUGCGCAGGGACGUGUGCGGCGAGCUCAAGACUUUCAACAGCAACUUCUUCAAUUUCACCCAGUGCUACAACAUGUGGACGCUGUGCCGUGAGAGCGCAAGCGACAGCUCAACACAGACCGGGGACCGGGUGUCUGUGGGCAUCCAGGCUGGCACCAGCAGGCCCAUCGGGCAGAACACAGAGGAUAAGUCUGUCAUGUGCCAGCCAGAACCGGCCUCUUUUAGCAUCAUAGACCUGAUGGACCCUCCCCGCAUUGAGAUAACUGGAGAUUCAACACCAGAGGAGGAAGCGAGCAUCCCUGCUAGCUCCCAGCCAUCGGAACAUUCCGCAACUGUGGACCGAGACAAUCCACCUCCAGAGGUGACGCACACGCCUAGCUAUAAGGCAAAGACGCCCCCACCGGUGCCACCUCGUGCCACCUCCAAGCCCCUCAUCUCGGUGACGGCCCAGAGCAGCACAGAGUCCACCCAGGACGCCUACCACGAGGGGAUGCACCAGCGGGGGAGUGUACUGUGGGCGCCAGACGGUCUGGGCGGCUCGGGUCGAACCCUCUACAACUCCACCGACAGCCUGGACAGCUCCAAGGCGGUGACGCUGGCCAUGGAGACGGCGGCAGGCAAGCGGCACAUCUCCACGGGCAGCCACAGCUCGGUGCAGACAUGUGACAAGGCGGUGCUCGUGUCCAAGGCUGAGGAAUACCUCAAAACACCACGCUCUUCCAUAGGGAUUCAGGUGGAGACGGCGACAGACUCCGAGUCAGAGAGCAAAGGGCUUCCUCAGUACCAUUCUGUGGGCACCCAGGUGGAGGAUGACAAACGGCAUGGCAGGUUCAAGCGAUCCAACAGUGUGACGACAGCCGUACAAGCUGACAUGGAACUAGAGGGCUUCCCCACCAUGGAGGACAAGGGCCUGCAGUUCGGAGGGGGUUUGGCCUUCCACGGGGGCCACUCGGAGCCUAGCACGCCCACCCAGUACGGGGCUGUCCGCACCGUCCGCACCCAGGGCCUCUUCAGUUACCGGGAGGACUACCAGCGCUCCUCCAGCGGACCGCCCAGCCCGCAGCCUGAGUCGUGGCUGACGGAGCCCUCUCUGGAGGGGGUAGAGACGGGCCGCGUGUCCCCCCUCCGCAGGGACGGCAGCUGGUUCAUGCAGCUCCUCCAUAAUGAAACUAAGAGGAUGGAGGGAUGGUGUAAAGACAUGGAGAGGGAGGCGGAGGAGCAUGACCUGUCGGAGGAGAUCCUAGGGAAAAUCCGAAGUGCGGUGGGCAGCGCACAGCUCCUCAUGUCUCAAAAAUUCCAGCAGUUCUACUGGCUGUGUCAGCAGAACCUGGAUCCUAGCGCCAUGCCCCGCCCCACCUCUCAGGACCUGGCUGGAUUCUGGGACCUGCUGCAGCUCUCCAUCGACGACGUCACUGGCAAGUUUGACGAGCUGCAGCAAAUCAAGAGCAACGAGUGGAGGCCUGUGGAGAGCCCUGAGAAGAAGACACCAUUACAGGAGAGGAAGUGGCCUCCCCCGUUGCCAAAGAGGCCUCCGAAGGGGCGUGGCGGCGUGAUGCGGGAGCGUUCUCUGGACCUGCAGGACCGCCAGCGUCAGGAGGCCCGGCGCCGCCUCAUGGCAGCUAAGCGGGCAGCUUCCUUCAGACAGAACUCAGCCACAGAGAGGGCAGACAGCAUCGAGAUCUACAUCCCCGAGGCCCAGACCCGCCUUUGAGGUCCAAGGAUUUACCCCUCUAGCCUGACCCCAGCUCUGCCCAUUUCCUGCCCCCAUACCCCAGCCCCAGCCAGUGGGUGUCACCCAGACUCCUUCCUCCCUCCUCCUUCUCAUCUGUGUCAACAUCUCUCACUUUCAUUUCUCACUGUUUCUCUCCAUCUAUUGCCAUUCUUCUGAUGUCCUCUCCCCUUUAAGACGGAGGUAAUAUUCACCACCCCUCCACCCCAUUAUAAUGAGCUGCUACUACACCCUCCCCUUUAACCGAACUGAUUCACCAUCACAAUUAUAUUUGGGUAAUUACAAGCAAAAUGAUUAUUUUCUAUACUGUAACAAAUUCUCUUGUUGGAAAUGUAUUCAUCCCCCCAAGAGCUUUCGCAUUGCCAUCAUGUAUUAUGAGCCUCUGGGUAAAGUAAGGGUAAUAUCAGUAUUUUCCCACCAUGUUCAAAAGGAAUCACAAAGUGCAACUUUUCUAUGGAGAAUCUCACCAGCAUCAGUGGUCUUGGGCUAAAGCACCCUGUGCGGAGACUACUACUCCCCAGUGGUAGCACAGAGGUGGUGAUGACUCACUGUCAAGAUAGAAGUCUGGAAAUCUCUCCCCCAUGUUUGUGGGUUGUCAGUCAAAGUGGGGGGGAAUAUGUAAUGUGAUUGAUCAACACCUGCUAUUGAAAUACCUCAGUCUUGCAGUGGGCACUCUAGCGUAAAAACCAUAGACAUAGAAUUCAAAUCUAUUUCUAUGGUAGAGACCGAGGAGUAGUCAUCACAUCUGAUAUGGUCGCACAGCAUCCUGGGUAUAGUAGUUCCGUUGUUAUUCUUGGGACGUACUCACACCACUUUUUACCAGGCUAGCUGCUGCAGCCACUGCCUAACAUUGCUGAGACAUGGGAUCUGAAAAAGACAUGCAGUAGUACCCCAGCUAGCACAGAAGUUUUUGGUUUCCCAUUGGUUCUGGGAACAAAGCCAUAAGUUUCCUGAUCGGUAAAACUGAACGUUUUUAAAAUGUUCUGAGAAUGUAAAAUUUUAGGUUGCACGGAGGUUCUUAGAACCUUUUACUAUGGUUCCCUGAAAUUUUCCUGGAGGUAUUAUUAACGUUCUGAAAACGGAAAUUAUAGGUUAUUUGAAGGUGAUUAAAUAACAUUCUGAGAACAUUCUCUAAAUGUUUUGAAUGUUUUGAACGACAUGUAUAGGUUAUUUGGAGGUUUUUGAAUAACUUAAAACUUUCACUGAAUGUUUCAAUAAGACUGCUAGCUUAGGUUAACUGGUUUGAACGGAUAAGAGCGUCUGCU